AUGCCUGAAGGGCAAGAAUCCAGUGGAAUCUUUUCGAUGCAGAAGUGGGCUCACAUCAGAGCUUGGUCGGCUCCCAACUUUGUUCCUCCCCAGCCAUCGCUAGCAGUGCAGAGCCACAGGGGCCUAGCCGCUGCCGGGUCAGGAGAUUUGCCUAGCGGCCAUCGGGGGGGUUGGCUCCCUCAUCGCAGCUGCAAGGGAACCCCUGGCGUCAACAAUAGCCGAAAACAAUUGACCUGGCUGAUUGCGCUCUUCGCCACGGCUGCGUUCAUAGCAUCAGGCGCCAUGGCAGCACAAGGAAGUUCAGGAGGAAGUGCUUCCGACGUGCCAGACAAUGCCAUAUUCACAUCUCUUGCGCCGGACUUCAAUGCAUUUGCGGCGGCUGCGGCAUCUCGAGGGAUCCGUAUAGCCGUGGUGACCUUUGGCGACCCAAAAUCCAUCGGUUCGCGCUCAGGCCGUAUUGCAGGCGAAGAGCUUGUACGGCGGGUGCUUGGAGAAAGCGCUGCCUCGUUCGAUGUCGAUGCAGUGUUCGCCUUCUAUCCUUCGCUAUACAAGCUGCCUGAUGACUACCUUCCACUAGGUCUAGAUGGACCGAUGCCUUACGACAAGUCAUACCACAUCAGCAAGCUUCAAGAGCGGUUUGGAGUUUCAAAGGAAGAGGUGCUGCUUAUUGACGAUGACCUGAACAACUGCGCGUCUUUCGCAGCUGAUGGGGGUGUUGCCUUGCGGGUGGGUGGCGAUCAAGGCUUUGAUUUUAACUCUUUGGAGGUGCUUUGA